CCGCUGGGUAAGAGGCAGGGCGGGGUAUUACUGACGUCACUUUCGGCAAUGUCCGUCGACAUUCGAGUGGCCCGAUCUAGCCCGAACGGGUCAAUGUCUGAGGAGGCUUCGAAAAAUUCGUAAGUGGUUUGGUGUUCGUGUGCACGGUGAGAAAGAGAAAACGUCGUUGAUUAUCAAGAAUUGAUUUUGCCGCGUACGUCCAGGUUGCGCCUUUACCCCUUUCCCGCCGCCAGGCUCGAAGCGACAUUCAGUUGUAUAGUGAUUUCACGAUUAUCGAAAGCAGAGGUGGAAAACGACGGUGACGACGAUCUCCCCUCGAGCAACGUCGACACGGACGACGACGAAGACGUCCACGUCGGCGUCAGCACGAUUCCUGCUUGUUUCUCCGUAUAGCACAAAAGUGUUUGCGUCGAAACGUGUACUAGCCUGGCAAGUUGAUAACGUCCGGCCUGACAAGUUAAGAAACGUAGGAGUGACGAGUAGUGACAAGAUUCGAAGUAUAUCGAGAAAGAUAGAGCGAGUGAGAAAGAGUGGUAGUGUUGGUAAGAGAGUAACGCUUCCCCCGCACGAUCCAAAACUAGGAGUGUAGAAGUGAGAGAAAACAGUAGAGAGAGAAUAAGUGAUAGAGAAAGGAAGAAAACGAGUGAGAGAAAGGGAGAAAAAUAAUCAACGAUGCUAUUAGAGCAAAAAGGAGAAGAUAAAUAGAAAAAUACAAUGUAACUCAAAAAACUGUAAUAGAUAUCGUUGAAGAGAGGAAAAAUUGAAAUUGUCACGAUUCUCAGAGUGGCUACAAUUAGAUACGUAAGGAGAUUAUUAUAAACGACGAAGAAAUUCGACCCGUCAACCGGAUCAUCGUGGAGUUGUACUAUAUAGGAAAGCUACCAAGUGCGGCGGUGUGCCUCCACUGGCGAACGUGUACGAACCGUUCCAAAAACGUCAACCCCUGCCUCCCUUCGCGGUAUAGCUCCGCAACACUCCGCGCCCUCGUCAAGCUAUUAGGUAGUAAAAUCGCUCUUCGUGCGUGAUAUUCCCUGACAGUCAGCAGUUAAUACGAAAGAUUGUCAUAAAUUGUGUCAAUUCGUUAGUUGGACGCCAUCGACGCGGCGUAUCAUAAUCGGUGGUGAGCAUUCAUCGGAGAAACGAGAAAAAGAGCAUCGAGUGAAUCGUAUCGGCGGGCAAGCCUGUCGCGCGAAGUUGCUUGUGCGAACGGAGCGUAUAACCCAGUGUGCGCUGUGUUACGAUAAACGUUUUGAUCGCGAGAGUCGCUACCGUCACUGCCACCGCCACUAUUGUCAGUGGUAACGGGAGCAUAUAUAUUUGGAAGGAAGUGUUUGACAGUGAUCGAAAAUUUCAACCAACGCUGUUUCUCCAAGAGAAUUUUCUUCUCUUUGUUUUAUAGUGAUUAUAACGAUUGUGAAUCACGGUUCUUCGCCGUGGUUUCCGUUUUCUCGAUCUUGCGCGCGCUUUGCUCGCCCGUAGCUCUUCCUUCCCAUCCAUCCAUCCAUCCAUCCCUCCCUCCCUUCCUUCCUCCCACCCUUCCUCUCUUAUUCUUUCUCUCUCACUCUCUCCCUCUUCUUUCGCGUGUUAUCCUAUCUCACUCUCUUUCUCUCCCUCCAUCCAUCGAUCGAGCGCGGCCGUGGCGUAAUAUAGAAGAACCGAACCGUGCGGACGUGCAUGCGUGCGUGCGAUGUAAUUAUCGUUCGUGCUGUCAUUGAUGUCCGAGGUGGUGUCAACGACGAUAACAACAACGACGACGACGGCGACGACGAAGACGCACUGCUGGCUAUCUUCACGUGAGGAAGUGGCACGGCCAGCCGAGGCGGCGACCAGCAGAGGAAGAAGCAGAAGCGGCAUAUCAUUCUAAAGUUUUGACUGUCAGGUGGCGGUGGAGAAGCGGGUCAAGAAGAUUUCAGAAUGAGCAGCCGACCGAGGACCACCUCCUUUGCCGAUUGCACUAACGCGCCCUCGAAUCCGCCCCUGGGUGGCAUGAGAGUCAGCAGUCAUCCGGCUGGUGGUGUAACAUUAAAAAAAGGAGUGCUCGAAGAGAUAAAUUCUAGAAGACUCGAAGAUGGAAAAGAUCGAUCGGAUAAUCGGAAGAAAGGCGGUGUGAUGUAUAAUGCAGAUAGAGAUGGCAACAAAGUUACAACCGUGGUGGCUACACCUGGUGCUGGUCCGGAUCGUCCCCAAGAGAUCUCCUACACAGACACUAAAGUAAUCGGUAACGGCAGCUUCGGCGUUGUAUAUCUAGCGAAAUUAUGCGACACGGAAGAGCUGGUCGCCAUCAAGAAAGUUCUUCAAGACAAACGAUUUAAGAACAGAGAAUUGCAAAUCAUGCGGCGCCUCGAGCAUUGUAACAUCGUGAAACUGAAAUAUUUCUUCUACUCCAGCGGUGAUAAGAACAUCUUAAACGCAACUAAUCCAGUUUUUCAUGUGGACAAGGACGAGGUUUAUUUGAACCUAGUGCUGGAAUACAUACCUGAAACUGUGUAUAAAGUUGCUCGGCAUUAUAACAAGAGCAAGCAGACCAUACCGAUUAAUUUCAUUAAGCUGUAUAUGUAUCAAUUAUUCCGUUCUCUGGCGUACAUCCACUCGCUGGGAAUCUGCCACAGGGAUAUCAAACCGCAAAAUCUUCUGCUCGACCCGGAAUCUGGCGUUCUCAAGCUCUGUGAUUUUGGUUCCGCCAAACAUCUGGUGAAAGGGGAGCCCAAUGUGUCUUACAUCUGUAGUCGUUACUAUCGCGCGCCCGAAUUGAUCUUUGGUGCUAUUGAUUAUACUACAAAAAUCGAUGUUUGGAGCGCAGGUUGUGUAGUGGCAGAGUUAUUGCUCGGCCAACCGAUAUUCCCAGGGGACAGCGGAGUGGAUCAAUUGGUGGAGAUCAUCAAGGUGCUCGGCACCCCGACACGUGACCAGAUACGUGAGAUGAACCCCAAUUACACCGAGUUCAAAUUCCCACAAAUUAAGGCGCAUCCAUGGCAAAAGUUUAUGCUUCAACGAAUGAGUGGACUAAAGUGUUCCACGGAGCACCAAAAGAUUAGAGUGUUCAGGGCACGCACGCCACCGGAAGCGAUGGAAUUAGUCGCUGGUCUCCUAGAGUAUACGCCAUCCGGCCGGAUCACGCCGUUGGAAGCAUGCGCUCAUCCCUUCUUCGACGAACUUCGGGAGCAGGGUACGCGAUUACCGAAUGGCCGGGAACUCCCCCCUUUAUUUAACUUUACAGAAUACGAGCUGCGGAUUCAGCCAUCCUUAAACUCGAUCCUGAAGCCCAAGUACAUGCAGACCUCGGAGAAUGCCGGGGGCCAGUCAGAGCCUGUCGCGGGUAGCAGUGGUAACGUUAGUGACAAUAACGUGAACGCCACGUUAUCCACCUCAAAGAACACAGACCCCGGCCAAUCGAGCAUGGCUUAAGCUACUUUUUAUCUCUGAUCUGUUUAAUUACAAACAACAAACGAGAAAGACGCAAAGAGAGAGAGAGAGAGGGAGAGGGAGAGAGGGAGAGAGAGAGAGAGAGAGACGGAGGAACCGAAAGAAUUCACGUGUUAGAAACUAGCCUUAACAGAAAACGAAAAAAAAAAAAAGAAAAAAAGUUCAAGUAGAUCAAGAUAGAAGAAGGAACGAACGAACGAAUGGAAUGUUGAUGAUAUUCUUUUGAGGAGGAUGUCCAUAUAAGCAGCAUAACAUUAACACACGAAACAUUACAUACAUUACAUACAUACAGUCCCUUAAUUGUAAAUUUUUUCAACUUUUACGCGAAUGGCGAUACCGUCUGGUAUUUUGAGCUUUGUUUGCUUGAAACACGAAUGACGAAAAUAUCAUUAUAAGAAUUAUAAUUAAAAUAUAGUUCCCCUGUUUGUAAACGGGUUCGCCUUGGGGGGGGAGGGAUACCCCAAAUUUCGAGUGGCGAGUGUGCGAGUGCUUGAUUGCCACGUUAUUGCCAAAAAUAACAAAAAGCAACAACAACAACAACAACAGCAACAAAAUAUUGAAUUUAAUGUAUAUAUAUUAUAGGAAACUGGCCCGUAACCGCUAACUUUAAACGAUAAUUGCUAUAAACGAUGAAAGAAAGAGACAAAACGACUUAAAAAAAAAAAAAAAAAAAAAGAAAAAAAAAAGAAAGAAUGAACGCGAAUUUUUUCUAGCUGAGAAGAAAACAAACGAUACGGUACCAUCGUACAUUGUGUCUUGUAGUAUUCACGUCGCUUGUGUCGUCGAUCAUUUUAUCAUUCACGGAACAUACAAAUACACGUACAUACAAAUACACACGUUCGUAUUAUUAAAACAAUGAUGAAUAAGAGAAUUUACUUGCUUUUUGACGCUUGUAUCGAUGACUUUUAAAAGAUUUACAGAGGAGUAAGAAAAUCGCUAGGCGAAGAACGAGAGUAGGAAAGAAAAGCUGCAAGUUCCCUCCAAAAAGAUGUAUGAGAAACGAGGCGAGAAGGGAACGACGAAGAUUCCAAUAAUUAGAAAUUGUAAUUUAUAAAAUCACGGGAAACGUUUGGGAAUAUUUUUUAUUGCGUUCAAAAUUCGAGCGUUUUAUUUUCGCAAAACGAGAGAAAAAUUUCACGUGGAAAAUUCAUGAUUAAACACACACACACACACAUACACACACAACACAUUGCAACACGUUACAAGAAUAAUUUGCGUGCACAAUCUCUAUUAUCGACUAUUUAAGACUAUGUUUCCUACGUGAGAUACGUUGCGUACAUCGAUACGAUUAAAAGAAGAGGAGAUGAAGAAGAAGAGAAAAGGAAACACGUAUCUGAUGAUCUUGGACGAGACGUGAAAAAGUAAAUUUCCAUUAUUGGGAGACACGACACGUGAAACACUCUCUGUAUUACGUACACACACUCGUUUUCGUGCCUACGUUGUCAGCCAUGCCUGGACGAUUCGAAUCGCCAUCCUCUAUUUAACGAAAUGAACCGCUAAUUAACCCGAGUACUUUACUUCGUUACGUAUUUAAUAUUAUCGUCACACGAUUAUCGUUGUAUAUUCUUUAACACGGACACUCGGCCACAACCGAGCGAUAUUUUUCAUCCUACGCGACGAAACUCUGCAGAGUGCGAUUUCCUUUUUUUUUUUUUUUAAACCUGUCACAAUUUAUUUCUCUUGCGAACAACAGGAUUUUAGAAAUGUUUGUAAACGUUUCUUUUUCCGUAAUAAUUUCUUGUAAUCAGCAUGCGAAGAACAGAACAGUAGUAAGUACAGAUUUAUAAGCGAAUCAUACAUAUAGAUUAUUCUUUCGUACGCAUCCAUCGCCACACGCAUAUUUUAUAUGUUCUACGAAAAAGAAAAAUCCACGUUGUCGGAUGAGGGUGAUGGACUUUCCUGAUCGAGAUGUCGACAGAUGAUCGAGAGAUGUUGUCGCUUCGUUUGAAUUGAUUGUGAUCUUGCAGAAUUAUGCGGCGAGAGAGAGAGAGAGAGAGAGAGAGAGAGAGAGAAAGAAAAAACCUAGUAGAAGUGUACAAAGCGUUUUGUAUAUUUCGCACGAUGAAUUUCGAUUUUUUUUUAAACGACCUCCAUGCAAUUGGAUCUUUCGGAGCAUGAGUUAGCCGCCAGUGAGUUUAGCCGCCAUUUUACACGUUUCUACAUAUCAUAAUCGCGUCUCAAGAAACUGCAUAAAAAAGAAAAAAAAAAAGAAAGAAAGAAAAAACUAGGAGGCUAUCGAUAAAAGUCAAUGCCGAAUGAUUUAUUUCAGUUCCCUUCUUUUUUAGAGAAAGGACGAAAGGACUCGAUUGAGAAAAUUAGGGAAAAACGAGAAGGGAGAAAGAACAAAAUGGAAGACGGAUGAUAGAUCAAUAACGGAAAAAAGUGAAAGGGAGGUGUGACGGAGGGGGGGGACAGAAUGAAAGUAGUGAGAGAGAAAGAGAUAUGCUGAGAUAUUUCGUUUCAAAAUUUUUAUCCGCGCCAGUACGAUACGUAAAUUACGAUUACGAUAUUUUUUUAAAUUAACGAUCAACAAUUUUUUUUUUUCCUUUUCUUCAGUUAUUUGUAAAUUGUAAUUCAUUGCUUGUACGAACAAAUCGGAAAUUUUUUCGAAAUUUAUCGAACUCUUUUUUUUUUUUUGUUUUCCAAUAUCUGAACACGCAAAAUAUACAUACGGAAUACAAUAUUUUUUAAUACCGAAGAAAACUAAUCUUUAUGUUUUGACAAUCAAUACAAUGAUAUUUUCCCUUGUCGCUAUAUUAUUAAAACGAAAAGAAAGAAAAGAAAAGGAAGAACGAAUCUGAAAUAUUCGUCGAGGUAUACAUCGAUCAUGGAAUUUUUAUCGAUAAUGGUAUUUUUCCGACGUUUCUUUAAGCAUAAAUCAAUAAUUUUAUCGAUGUAAAAAAAUAUUGAUCAUCUUUUUAUCCGCUAGAAUUAUAUAGAAUUAUAGAAUUUAGAAUUAUACGAUAAUUUAUUUCUUUCGAUUCGAUCUAUCUAAUCUUUCGGUCUUUGUCGAGGAGAAAAGAGAAAAAUAUUCGUUAGAAAAAGAAAAAUCACUUGUUAAAAAAAACUUUAAUGUACGCAUUAUUUAAACUUCUGCUUGAACGAAACCAUCUUGUCUUUCAUUUGCCGCGAUGCAUCCGGCAAGUUCUGAGCAUAUCCUGUGAAAUUAUUGAUAUGCUUGAACGACACGUAGUAAGAUUGAUGUAUUUAAAUUCCCUUUGUCAAUUGACAUCUUGGAAAUAAGAGAGAGAGAGAGAGCGAGCGAGAGCGAGAGAACGAGAGAACGAGAGAAAGAGAAAGUAUUUGGCGAGUGUUGGAAAAAUCUGAGAAAAGGGAAAUUAUUAUUUUUAAAUUUUAGACGGACGAAAGAAUAAUGAUUAGCAGCCGCAAAAAAGCAACACAAAUUAUGUUAUACGGGGAAGAAAGGGGAGAAGAAGGGAUAAAAACAAAUACGAAGAAAUCUUGCACUUCUUAAAGAGUAAAUUGUUGGUUAAUUGUCGAGAUUAUUCUAUUAAUAAAGAAAAAUUUAUAUCGA